AGUGAGUAGUGAGUGCUGUUAUGUCUGUCCAUUCUGGCUGAGCUGCUGUUCCUCCUGUUCAUGAGGGUCUAAAACAUCACGAGGAUGCACUGUUUAUCUUACUCCACGGGGUUAAUUGCAGCCAAGCAAUUUUCCUGAAUAACUCCACAAAUAUUUCCUGUCUAAAAUUAUCUAGCCUCUGACAUCCUCUUUGAAGUUGGGACGAGGAAAGUUUGAAAAGAAAUCCACUCGUCCCUUUUUUCCCCUCUUUCUAGCAGGAGCUCUGUUUUUGGUUUAAAACUGUUCUUUCUGAGAGUCGCUGGGAAAGAAAGUCAGGAGUGGGAGAUGAGGGAGCAGUGAGAUGAUUGAACAGGAAUGGAGGGAUUUUAUGUUCGGAACGAAGAAUAAUUGCCAGAUGACAGAGGGUGCCGAGGUUGGGUCACUUCCUGAUGCAGAACAGGGCUCGUACUUGAGAUGGCUCAAGAUGUCUUAUGAGACAGAGAAGACAUGUCUGCUGCUUCCACAGGAAUCCCGAGCAUCCUGUGUGUUUCACACAGCUGAUGAGAAGGAUGAAAUACCAGGCAUGGGGGAGGACAGUGUAUUGGAGAUGCUGAGCUACUCAAAGUUCAUGGAUCUGGAGACAUGGCUCUGUAUGCCCUCAACGCUGCUACCCAGGACCUUGGAGUCCACAUGCUCGGCCUCACCUCUGUCCAGCAGUAGUGACUCUGCAGACACUGACACUGGGCUCCUCGAGAGGGACUCCUCUCCUCCCUUUUCAAACCAUUCCCGGGAGAGGCAGAACCGUCUUUUGCCACCUUCCCCCAUCCUGCCUGUGUCUGUCCCCCCUCCGUCCCCUGUGGCUUUGCGGACCACCUCCACACCGGUUCUCAACCCCAGCAGGGACUCCUGUCAGGGUGGUGUGAGUCACAGGAAGCGGCGACGCCUGGCUGCCAGCCCCGGAGGACUGCACUGGAAUGCAUCAGGGUCAGUGCUGCGUGACUAUGAGCGGGGAGAGGUGGCUUGUGUGUCGCAGGUGAAGCGCAUCCCCAAACCUGUGGACUCUGAGAGACCCCGCACCGAACUGUGGGGGGACAAAGUGACCCUGAGGAAGACCGUGUCAGUGGACGAUACACUCCUGCGGCAGACACCCAGAGAACACCACAGACUGCUCAGCCGGCUGGAGAGAGGAAAGAAGAAACUCAGGAACAUCCAUAGCCUUGGAACGACUGGAAGAUACGAAACCUGUAAAAAACCUGAGAGCAAGAUCUCCCGACUGACUCAGAGACUCAACCAAAGGCAUAGCGAUGCUGCACUGAUCAAGGACUUCAGACCACUUCUGUUCUUCAGCGGUUCUUCAGGGAGCUCCCUGAGCCUUGAUAGGUCAUUUUCUGUUAGCAUGACCCAGCAGAUGCAGAACCUCCAGCUGACCCACAGUAAGAAGGGGGCCGGUCCCGCCUCCCCCAGUGCAGCCAAACGGCUCUACCGCAACCUCUCUGAAAAGUUCAAGGGCAGCCAUUCCUCCUUUGAGGAUGCUUACUUCUUCGGUCGUUCGGAUCGCAUCCGCAAAUCCUCGAAUGUACAGAGCGGCGAGGCUCUGUUCGAGGCUGUGGAGCAGCAGGACCUGGACGCUGUUCAGAUCCUGCUGUUUCAGUACACAGCGGAUGAACUGGACCUAAACACGCCGAACAGUGAAGGCCUAACCCCGCUCGACAUAUCCAUCAUGACCAACAAUGUCCCUAUCGCUAAGAUGCUGCUCAAAGCAGGGGCCAAGGAGAGCCCGCAUUUUGUGAGUCAGGAGAGCCGAGAAGCCCAUCUCUCGACGCUGGUGCAGGAGGCUCAGCGGAGAGCCAGUGAACUCUCCACCCAGGUGAUGAGGGAGAGCCUUAGCCUGGAGACUUCUGACAAGGAGAAGCAACUGAAGGCCUGGGAGUGGAGGUGCAAGCUCUACAAGCGCAUGCGCACAGGCUUUGAGCAUUCACAGGUCCCGGAGGCUCCGACGGCUGUGCGCUUAACCGUGUCCAGCAGCACAUCUCUCACCGCCACCUUUCAGGAGCCGGCUAGCAUCAACUCAGCUGUAGUCACCAAAUACAAAGUGGAGUGGAGCUGUCUGAAGGACUUCUCUUUAUUGGCUGGAGAACUGAUCCUUGAGAAUCUAACGUCCCUGAGGUGCACUGUAACAGGUCUGAGUACAGGCAGGCAGUAUUAUGUUCGAGUUUCUGCGUACAACAUGAAGGGCUGGAGUCCAUCACAGCUCUCUCAGCCACCCUGCGCCGUUCCCUCCAACUGGAAGGAGUGUGAUGGUAGAGAAUCGCGGAAGAGAGGGCAUAUCGAGGCCAUGGAGAGGUUGCUGCAGCAGGUCCGCGCCACUCACCAGCACUACAGCUGUGGAGACACCUCCAAGCUGCAGAACACCAGUCGCAAGCAGUCGGUCUCGAGAAGCCUGAAACACCUCUUUCAUUCCUCCACCAAAUUUGUUAAAACUCUUAAAAGAGGGAUCUACAUAGCUACAGUGUUUUAUCAUAAGGACAGUUUGCUGGUAACUAAUGAGGAUCAGAUUCCCAUCGUGGAGGUGGAGGACUCCUACAGCAGCUCCCUCAUGCAGGACUUUCUGUGGUUUACCAAGCUGUCGUGUAUGUGGGAGGACGUCCGGUGGCUUAGGCAGAGUAUGACUAUUUCCAACUCAUCCUCCUCCACACUGCAGUCCAGGCAGAAGAUGCUGUCUGCUGCCGGUCAGCUGCAGAACCUUCUGGGCACACACAACUUGGGCCGUGUCCACUACGAGCCCAUUAAGGAUCGCCAUGGUAACGUGCUGCUGGUGACAGUAAGGGAGAUGGAGAGCCUGUACUCGUUCUUUAACGGGAAGUGGAUGCAGGUGUCCAAACUGCAGAGCCAGAGGAAGUCUCUGUCUACUCCGGAGGAGCCCUAUGCCCUGGACAUUCUGCUCAUCACCAUACAGGACAUUCUAGCAUAUCAGCGGCGCAGUCAGAACCGGCUGUCUCCAGGCCUGUACCUAGGCUACCUAAAGCUCAGCAGCUCUGUGGACCAGAUCAAGGUGUUGGUUCCUCAGCGAACGCCCAACAUGCUCUGCCAUGCCAGAAUACGAGAAAACUGGAAUGUUUCCAGGGAUGAGUGGGAAUGGCUUCAGACUCUGUCUGGCCCUGAGGAGGUGGAAAGAGUAGAUCAGGCGGCAGACUGCCAUGCCCCCCUGCUCUUCUCCGAGCUCCAGACAGCCAUUAAGAGCCUGCUCCGCCAGAUCAAUCUACCUCUACACCAGGCCAAGCACUUCCGUCUCUACACACAGGAGGUGCUAGAGCUGGGUCACAAUGUGUCCUUUCUUCUGCUGCUGCCUGCCUCAGACGACGUGUGCACUGCCCCGGGCCAGGCCAAUCCCUACACACCCCACUCGGGGUUCCUCAACCUCCCUCUUCAAAUGUUUGAGCUCGUUCACUUCUGUGCGUAUAAGGAGAAGUUUAUCAGCCUGUACUGCCGCCUGUCCUCCGUGCUUGACCUGGAUGCUCUGAUAACCCAACAGGCUCUUAGAGAAGCCAUUACAGACACUGAACUGGCGACUGCUAAACAGAGGCACCAGCAUAUACUGGACUUUAUUCAGCAAAUGGAUGAGAUGUGGCGAGAUAUCCGAUGGAUCACUGAUGCCCUUCAGUAUGCCCGCUAUAAGCACCCUCUGGGUGGGGUGCCCAUCACAUGGCUGGUGGAUGCAAGCGCGGAGCCUGUAACCCAGAAGAACGACUCCACCUCCUCAAACACAGACUACCUACCAACCCCCUCCCCCUCUCCUGAGAUGAGGAGAAGAAAGGAUACAAUUGACUCUCAGCCAGGCUCGGAUGAGGAGGGAUGCUCCGAGGUCUUCCUCCCCACCGACAGCGACUAUGACUCCAGUGAUGCGCUGAGUCCACGGGAUCUAGACCUGGUCUACUCCUCAGCCCAAGACCUGUCCCAUCAGGCCGUGCAUGCCCUGAGCGGGAGCGCUCCAGACGUCCUGCAGAUGCAUGACCUCAAGUACAGCGCCUGCCCCACCGCCAUCCUGGAAACUGAGUCCUGCACUAAAGACCUGGAGGACCUGUCCUUGUCCACUUACUCCAGCAAGUCCUCAGACAGCACGUCUCGCUGCAAGUUUCUGGCCGACCCGCCGACCAAGAGGAAGAUGCUGUCCAAGAGCCACCCCCAGAGGAGCUACUUCGGCGGGCCACAUCGCUGGCUGCGCGUCCAGAGCGAGAGCCAGACACCCUCGCUUUCUGAGGGAGUUUACACCAGACAGAGCGAUUUGGACCUGCCACUCGAACUGCCUCGCUCUCUGCCACACUCCCCGUCUGCCUCGUAUCGCCUGGAUGAGCGGAAGAGCGCUCACCGGGAGAGCAAACCCAACGUGCGCAGAAUUUUUGUGGAAUCGUGCAGUGAAACGUCCCCCAGCAGAGACAGCUCGCGCUGGCCAGAGGAGCAGGAGGAGGUGGAUAGGAAGGCCUCUGUGGCAGAGACAGUAUCUGUGUUCAGCAUAGUUACAGAAGCUCAGGAUGUGGACUCUGAUGAGCAAACGAAUGAUCAAGUUUCUGAAAUUCUCAGCAGCACACUCUAAAAAAGGAAAAAAAAAAAUGGGUAUUUGUUUUUUGUUGUAAUCUUGGUGUAAGCCGUCAUACUGCCACCAGAUUGCCUCUACAAAUCUACACAAUAACACCAAAUUUUCAGGCAUACCAACAUACAAACUGUGUUGUAAUAUGUAGACAGUGGCCCAAUCCCAUUUCUUAUUAGUACCUCUAUACCUAGGUUUUAUAGUGUCAUUUUUCCCCUUGGAAAUGAGUCACAGGGGGGAGUGGUUGAAAUCCUUUCACUAAAAAAUGCUAAAAAAACUUUAGAAACCUGAUUCAUCAUCAAUUUAAACCCUCUAUAAACCCUCUAUAAUACCCCUCCACCCCAUCAAGAGUCAGGAAACUGUACCCCUCUACCCCAUUAAGAGUCAGGACACCCUUCCCCUCUACUCCAACAAGUAGUAGGACCACUGUUGUGGUAGGGUCAAGGAGUGAAAUGGGAUUGGGCUUUCUUUGUAGAAUGUAUAGAGGAAAAAAAUAUGAAUUUGAAGUUGCUGGUCAACUCCAUAGGAAUCCUAUUCAGUGGCUCUGACUGUUAAAAUACUGAAUAUUAUUAAUGCAACAUGAAAAGUGCUGCUUUUAUCUUUGAACUUGAAACUGCCUCUGUACAGACUCAUAGGUAAAAAGUGAAAAGUAGUACUUUUUGGCUGUUGGUCUCUGAUCUUAGCAUUUCAGCCGUUCUGAGGAGUACUGUAUACCUGUGGUUUACCUUCUAGGACAAAUCACUACCUAAGAAGAGCGGUGUUGCUCUUAUCUCCCCUGUAUGAUUUAUCAGUGUUUAAUUGUUAUUUUACACAUUGAAAGAAGUAAAUCAUGUGUAUUGACUGGUCCUGGUCUUUUCAUAGCAGACCAGCCAAAUACUGUACAAACAGUUUCAGUUUUUGUGUCAGAGAAUGGGACUUUUCUUUUAAUUAUUAAAAAAAUGAUCAUACGCUUGGAGUGCUAAACAAUCACAUCACUGUUACCAAUGAAACAUGCAAUGCUGGUAUCAGGACCUACUCGUUGAACUAAUGAAUAUGUAUGUCGUUUCAUAGCAGAUGCCUUGAGUCGUAUACUGUUUACCUCUUUAGGAUUGUGUUGUGUGCUUGUUUUAUCUGAAGUCUCAAUGGUGUGAUCCAUCAGUCCUGGUUUAGUCUGAUGAUGAUGUCUAAUGUGCUAGCAUCAUGCUACAACAAAUGGAAACAAACCACUUGCUAUAUAUUCAUAUAUGCUAUAUGAAUAGACAGAAAAAAGUGCACACUAAAAAAGAUUUUGCAUCCUAUGCAUGAUGAAUGCAGGUUAAAAAUUUAACUGAUAGUUUUCUUGCUUUUUAUACCUUUUUGCCCUUAGUAAAAAUCGAUGCCACCUGGUUCUAUUUUGGUACUGCGGACUUGUACCACUUAUUUAAAGGGUAUGCACCACUUUAUUUGAAGGAUAUUUGUGAAUAUUUGAAUUACUGAUUUUGCAAGUUACAGAGAAACAGUGAUUCUUAUUUUGACAACUGGUGUCAACAAAGCCAUAGAGAUUUGAAGUGUACAGAAAAAUGUACUCUAAAGAAAUAACGGAGCGCGCUGCACUGAAGGCGUGGCUGUAUUCAAUCAGCCAUUCAGCCAUCUCUUUCAAAGUAUACACACUCCUCUCUGCUAUCCCGCAGAGGUUGAAUGGAAUGACCGCAUGUGUAUGUAAGAGACUUGAUGCUCACUGUUGAAGUCUUUGGAGUCCGACCUCUUGUCAGGUGAAAAGAGGAAUGGAGGGCAGCUUACGUGAGAAACAUUGUGAAUUUGUCUGUUGCAAUGUUAUGACUUGUUGGUGUUGCAGUGUAUUAAAAAAAAUGUCUUUGCACAGUUCUUCCUGAAAAUAUGUUUGUACUGGACUGAUCUCCUUUUAAAGAUGACAAGGGUGUUUCAUCUCCAACUUUCUGUACAGUGACGUGUCAGCUAGAGCUCAUGGUAAAAUGGAGAUAAUGAUAAAAUGCACUACUUUAAUAUUCCUGUGUGUUUGAGCUCAUUGCUCAGCUCUUCUACAGUAGUACGUGUUUUGCCUGUUUCCUCAUGAGUGAGGCUUUUACAAGAGAAUAUUUCAUUGCAAAUACUAUAGUCUGACCAGCUAUAGUUGUUCCACAUUAUUGUUAAAGGUAUUAUUGUUAAAUUAAAAGUAUUUGUCAUGAUACCUUUAUACUGUGCACACAGCAAGCCAAAACAAUUGAAGAGCAUCAUAUCUGUAUAUUUUUGCAUUGAGCAUUUAUUGAUCCAAAUAAUAUAUUUCGGUAUCGUAUUUUUGACAGUUAUUGUCUCAUGUCAUCCCAGUUUCUAUUGUUACAUUAGCUUUUGCAAUGCAAUUGAAUCUGGCCGAUCUGUGGCAGAUGUGUUUAUGAACUGAAAUAAACAUUCCAGUGUAGAUAUGUAAUGAAAUGUUCC